AUGACAUCCAUAGUCAAAGAAUUUAGCGUGCUAUACUCCAACAGGGUCCACCAAAAGACCAAGAACUGGAAGGAUGGUAACCUAAAGUACUAUCUCUUCAAUAAUAGAAUAGACGUGCAUAGUGAAAGUGGAGAAAUGAUUGCAAGUGACUUUUUCCCUCCUAACAAGUCAAGAGAAAAGAUUGAGGAAGAAUAUCUACUGUCAGGUAAUCAAUUCAAAUUGCCAAAUGCUCCUAUAUUGGUGGAGAUAGAUGAGAAGACUGGUGAGUAUGAAAGAGAUAUAUCGAUAAUGUUUAAAAAAAAGAAGGCAGCGGCUCCUAGUAGCGACAAGAGGGACAGCCAGAGGAGCACACCUGGAGCAAGUAAAGAAGUAAGCAUAAAAUACGAAAGUGACGGAAAUGUUAUCAUUCCUAAAAGUAGUUUUGAUAAACCGUUAUCUCCUACCACCCCACCAACUGGGGUCAAGCGGAGACCAGUUGGACUCAGUAAAAGGGGAGCAACCGAAAGAAGAAAGAAUAUAAAGGUGGAGCAGCACAGCAAUACCAAGAGCGAAAGCCUGAACAUUAUCUCAGCAAAUGUAAUGUCUCAUCUGAAGGAGCAUGAGCCUGGACCUGGGCCUGGACCUGGUCGUCGCCCACCUGUGCGGAUUCCAGUUAAUUCAUCUUCAAUUUUCAAGCAUUUGCGCCGAGUGCUGGAUGGUGCUAAUCCGGGAAUAACGAAUAGCGACUAUCCAGCGGUGAAACAAGAAACAACACCUCUUGUCAUGUAUCCUGAAACAAUAAGCACUUCAAACGCAGACAUAAUAUAUGAUUUAUCCGAUUUGGAAGAGGACUUGGAAUUUAACGAGAUGAUCAAGAGGAGCAGGCAAUAG